AACACAGCAACCAUCUGGUCGUCGCCUUCAACUCACGGUCAAGCAGACCUGCCCCACCCAGGUCCAUCGCCGGCCCCGCAAACGUCGUCGCCAACUAUUUCCCAGAUCUCCGACGAAUUCGGGACUUGAGAAGUCGAAUAAGUUGAUUGCCAUCUCCCUAACUCCCGCAAGCUGCUUUGUUUCACUAGUGGAUUUUACUUCUGUCACUUACAGACAGAUCUCGUAUUGUAACAGCAUCACGUGUGGUGGUGAUAGAAACAAGACAUUGAUGGCCAUCGAAACACCAGACCUGCCGGCUGUGCAAGAAGAGCAUCAUUUGCAGCCGUUCACUAUACUCCAUAGAGGCUCACAAUGUAAAUCAGAUAAGAACUCCACGGGAAGAGCCAGAAGAAGGAUAGACUCAGCAUUAUCAUCCUCCACCCAUUCUGAUAUGAAGCCUACUGAAGGUGACAAGGAUCAAUGCUACCAUCAUCUGCGAACAAACACUUACAGUUUUGUCUGGUCUAAAAUUGAGACCACUGUCAAGGACGUUCUAAAGAAUUUGAAUGUUGAUAUCUUUGAUGACAUAAGUACAUGGGCUCAAGAUGCAUUCAUUGAAAUUCGAUCAUGUGGUAGAGUGGCUUCAGACAACUUCAGUUAUUCCACCCCGGUCUCCAAUCAUACUUUAUCUACACUACUUCCUGUUGGAUUAGUCUUUACAAAGAACAUGGAAUUUGUCGAUGACCUAUCGACAUUUGAAAACCUUGGUCAACAUUUAAAAUCUCAAGGAUUCCAUGUUGCUAAGCUUUCAUCUGCUGAUCUCUCAAGAAAGAAUGGUCUAGUUGGUUGUAUGAAAGGCUUGUUGAGGCAGUUCCUAACACUUGGCACCAAUGUGGGGGACAUUUCUGUAUUGGCAUCUUGGUAUAGUGAACAAGGGAAUAAUGACUUCCCUAUUGUUGUGAUUAUUGAUGAGAUGGAAAGUUGCUGUGAAUCGGUGUUAUCUGACUUUAUUCUUAUAUUAAGAGAAUGGCUUUUUAAGAUUCCGGUGAUUCUUGUUAUGGGGGUUAGAACAAGCACUGAUGCUUUAAGAAAGUUAUCUUCAAAAGCCCUUCAUUGUUUGUCUGCCCAAGAAUUCAGUUUGAGAUCACCAUCAGAGAGAUUUGAUGCUAUCAUUGAAGCUGUUCUUGUGAAGCAAUGCUCUGGAUUUAGUAUUGGGCACAUGGUGGCACUGUUUUUGAGAAACUAUUUCAUUAAACAAGAUGGAACAGUGACAUCUUUGGUUAAAGCUCUUAAGAUUGCGGUUCUCCACCAUGUCAUUAUGGAGCCUCUGAGCUUUCUACUUCUUGAUGAUGGAACAAAUAAUCAGGUUUCUCUAAACAAUUUACAUGAUUUAUCUCCUGAAAUGCUCAAGAAGGCUUUUGUUCUUCCAUCUUUUCAAAGGGACAACAUGGCAGAACAUAGUAGUGAAGCUCUGGCUCAAGGUUUGUCAAAAUUGAGGAGACUGAACAUGUUAUGGAGUUGUGUUGUCAUGUGCUUAUAUGAAGCUGGGAAAAGUCAUGGUGUGAACUUGUUAGACUUAUUCUGUGAAGUCCUUGAUCCAAAAUUAUACUAUUCACGGAUAUCAGGCAAUCAACUGGGGAUAGAUGAAAGGUCUGGAAUGUCUCCGUUUUGUGGAAAAGGCAAUAAUCCAACUACUUACGCUGGUAGUAUAAUCACUCAAGUGAUUUGCAAUAUCAGGAAGCUUCCAGCAGCACUCUUGUUGCCCUUGCUCAAUAGAUGGGAGAAACUAUCAGAUGGCAUUGAUGAGAUCCAUGACAAGGUGAGAGAGCUGCUAUCUCUAUUUAAGGAUGAGGAAGCCAAGCUUUCGAAGCGUGGGUUAGUAAACUCCCCGAGGAAAAGUAGACCCCAAAGCAAUGCCAGUGCUAAGAGGGAAGCAAAUGAAUUAAGUGUGAGAGCUGCUGCUAUGCUAGACCUCAUGGUGCGGGAUUAUAUACAGCCAAUUGAAUGCAUUCCCUUACAUGAAAUUGUUUGCUUUAAGGAUGUGGAUAUACUUCAACAAGCUUUGAUAGGUGAUCCUAGAAGAAUAAUUCAGCUUGAUGUUCUGGAAGUCAAUAAAACCUUUAAAUGCACUUGUUGCAAGAAAAAGAGCAAUGAUAUAUGUCCAUUGAUGCAUGAAACUACAGUUAUGUACAUGCUUGCUCAAGAGUAUGGUGACAUUGUGAAUAUCCAUGACUGGUAUCAGUCAUUCAAGAACAAAAUUUCCCAGCAAAGUAGCAAACCAAAACAAAGGUUGAAGAGUUCACCGAUGAAGAAGAAGAAAGGAAAGGACCCGGAGCUUAAUGAAUCAUCUAUUCAAGCCAGGUUCUGCAGGGCAGUUACAGAGCUCCAAAUUACAGGGUUGCUAAGGAUGCCCAAGAAAGGUUCUUCUGAUUACGUGCAUAGAGUAAUUUUCGGUCUGUAAUUUGUCCAAAUGUUUGAAUGGAAGUCAACUUUUUGUCCAAAGAGAACUCUUCUCAAAAUCUCACUCAAAGGAGUUGGAAUCCCAUCAAUAAUUUUAUUUGUUAGUAUUUAAAAGGUUAUUUAUGUUCUAUAUUAGAAUUGAUGGUCCUAUUAUGUUAACUAAUUUCACAAUUCAUAUGAGUGUAACUU